UUACCUUAUGCUUAAACAGCAUUAUUCUAUUUAUUUAUCUAUUCAGCACGUUAUUUAAACACAAAUAAACGAUUUUUUUAUAAGCGCACAAUCACGUCGUUUCAUUCUGAAGAAAGUUUUACGCUCUUAUGAUACGUCAAAGUGUGAAUUCCAUUAGCCCAAUUUCUAGGCCGAUAUUGUUUUAUCUAGGUAACGCUUUGUGCCAUGUUGACAAGAUUUUCAAAUAUGAUUGUGCGAUGGCAAUUAAUUUUUGGAUUGCUUCUCUGCUUUGUUGCAUCAGCGUUGUCCAGAAAAAAUGUGACUGCGGAACUGUCCUCGAAGUGCCCUAUGCUCACCGAAUGUCCGUAUAGAGCUGAGCAAUGCCAAGAGGACGACGACUGUUCGUUGAACUCGAUUUGCUGCAAAAGUCCCUGCGGAAAAGUUUGCACGAAACAAUUAUUCACAGGUUGCCAAACACUCAGAAUGGCAGCAUCUAGGCGCGCUAAGGCUCUAGGAGUGGAAGCAAAAAGUGUAAGGAUGCCGAGGUGUAAUAAAAAUGGAGGCUUUGAGCCUAUACAAUGUGAUAACGAAAUAGUCAGCUCCUGCUGGUGUGUGGACGAAACUGGAUUUGAACUACCGGGUACCAGAGCACCAGCUGCAGCAUUGGUAAAUUGCACAGUUCCCAAAGCCUGUGCCGAAGCGACUUGUCGGAUGUUCUGUCCUCACGGGUUUUCUUUGGACAAGAGCGGUUGCCCGCUUUGCCAUUGCAGAGAUCCAUGUGAUGAUAUUAAAUGUCCGAAUGCGUUAGAAUGUCAUUUGGAAGACCUCGCAUGUGCCGAUCCGCCAUGCCCGCCAGUGCCCACGUGCAAGAAGGGAAGGAGUUUGGAUAACAUAUGUCCCGUGGGUGAUCCUCUACGUAUAAGCGAUACGGUCCGACCUUUUUUGUGUGGAAAUGAUCUUGGCAAACCAACAUGUCCGCCCAUGUAUCAGUGUUUAGUACAGAAAGGCAAUGAUUAUGGGGUGUGUUGCCCCGCAUCAUUGAAAAUUCAGAAAACCGGAACGUGUCCUUCAGGAUUAGAUUCAGAUAUCGAGUGUGGUCCGCUUUGUACGCACGAUCUAGAAUGUCCAUCGAUACAGAAAUGUUGUCAAAGUGAUCAGUGUGGGUCGUCCUGCACUAACCCCACAAAUCUAACAGAAUGUUUCCAUCAAAGGGAAUUAUCGGAAAUUCUGUCCGUAAAUGAAAGAGCGGGAAGGGGCUAUGUCCCUCAGUGUUCGGAGGAUGGUCAAUUCGAACCCAAACAAUGCAGCAGGAACGAAUUAGUCUGCUGGUGCGUCGAUCGAAUGGGAAGAAAAAUUAAAGGAUCCAUGGGCCCCGCCGAGAACGUAAAUUGUUCGUUAGAAAAUUUACGUGUCCAUUCGGUAGCCAGGAGUCUGGACAAAAAUGGCCAAGAGUGCGAGCAUUUAGAAUGUGCGGCGAUUUGCGAAUAUGGAUUCAAACUUGGUGAAGACGGCUGCCACACCUGUAAAUGUGACGAUCCCUGCGACGGUUACACUUGCCCGGAGGAUGAAGAAUGUGUUAACGUGAAGGAGUCUUCUUGUACUGAAUUUUUAUGUCCGUCGCUGCCUGUAUGCCGGCCAAAAACUGUGUAUGCAAAUCCCUGCGAAGAGGGAACGCCGCUGACCGACGACCUGAGCGGUGCACCAGUGGCGUGCGCAUUGAGGUCCGAAGAUGGAACAGUUUGUCCGUCUUCUUACGAAUGUACUGCCGUGCCCGGAUCUACCCAAGCCGUCUGCUGUCCAUUUGGGGAAGUCGACGAAUAUCAGGGCGAAGCAUCUGAAGAUUACAGUCAAUCGGAAGAAAGGCCCCAAACGAUGUGCGAAUAUCUUCAUGAAUUUACUGAAAGUAUGGAGGGAACAAGGGAAGGCAUGAGCCUAGCUCUCCCCACUCCUGAGUGUGACUCAGAAGGCAACUAUUUUCCGACGCAAUGCGAUCCGGCAACAGGUGAUUGUUGGUGCGUUGAUAACUUUGGCACUGAAAUACCACGUUCGAGAACGAAGGAUAACUCAACAAAUUGUUUGGAUCUGAGAAAAUCUUUGGAUUGCCUAGAUCUGACUUGUAGAAUGGGUUGCGAAUACGGUUUUAUUUUGUCUGAGGAAACAAGCUGCCCAACUUGUCAAUGCAGAGAUCCAUGUGCCGGUGUUUCUUGUAAAGAUGACGAGCAAUGUCAGCUAGUUGAAGUUAGCUGUAAAGAUCACUAUUGCCCACCUGUACCUGCAUGUUUGCCGAAAAAAGUUGGACAAUGUCCCUAUCUAGUCCCUGCUACGUCGACCACUUGCGACUUCGAAUGUAACUCCGAUCUUACAUGCAAUAGCACUAUGAGAUGUUGUUCAAAUGGUUGUGGAACUCAGUGUAUUGAGCCCCUUUUAUUCACCGCCUGCCAACAUCAGAGAACCCUUGCACAGCAUCAAGCACACGAGUCAGGUAUUCCUGCGGGAAAAGUCUAUAUUCCAGCAUGUCGGGUUGACGGCAGUUAUGAACCAAAACAAUGUCACCCCGGUACCAAGGAAUGUUGGUGUGUCGACGAAAAAGGUUUUGAAUUGUCCAAAACAAGAACGAGAGAUGACAACAUAUCUUGCCAUUUGGAACAUAAAACAGACGAAUGCAAUUCUUUUAAAUGCGAAGAAGAUUGCGAGCAUGGCUUCGAAAUUGACGAAAAUGGUUGCCGAACCUGCGAGUGCAUAGAUCCAUGUCAGAAGAUUUCUUGUCGUGGAGAGGGCGAAACCUGCCGUCUAGUUUCCGUGGAAUGUACGAACUGGCCAUGUCCAUCGGUUCCCAUGUGUCUGCCAAAGAAAGAGAACCCUUGCCAAAAUGGGGAACCCUUGAAAGUAGGAAAUAGCGACGAAUUGUUUAUUUGCGGGCCGGAAUUUGAAAGUUGCCCUUCUUCUCACAAAUGUCAAUUGAGCCCCGUAGGAGAAUAUGCCGUCUGUUGUUCAAAACCAAGAGAUGUUUGUUUCGAGCCACUCGAUAUUGGAAAAUGCGAAAAUUUGGAAAUAUCGAGGAACCUCACCCGAUAUUACUUUAAUUCCAAAACAAACAGGUGCGAUUCUUUCGUUUACAACGGCUGCGGAGGAAAUCAUAACAACUUUCAGUCUGAAACAAUGUGCAAUACUGUGUGUCCUGUGUUAAGCCAGUGUGAACGUUUGCGCGAGAAAAAUCAACGAGCGGCAGAACGUUAUAAGAAACCCACAUUUGCUCCACGAUGUGAUCCAGAAUCGGGCAAUUGGUUACCAAUUCAAUGUCUGGAACACGUUGGAGUUUGCUGGUGCGUGACUCCGCAAGGAGAACCACUCAAAGGAACAUUAACAAGAGGCGCGGAACCAGAAUGCAACUUCAGACAAGCGAGGCAUUGGGCAAGCGAUAGAUCUGACUUUGCCAGUGAAGCGGACCUGGUUUUGGAGGAAUUGAUGAUGCAAGUGGGUUCGUUUGACGGCAACGAUAUGUCUGAUAAUUCGGAUUCGAUAGACCAAGACCUGCCCUCAAAAACUAGAUGUCAAGCAUUGGGAGGUCAAUGUGAUGGCGAAGGAAAGUUCCUUCCGACUCAGUGCGAGGAUGAUACUUGUUGGUGCGUGGAUGAGGCCGGAAAUCAGUUACCCGGGACCAAUACUUUUAUCGGAAGAGAAAAAACGUGUUACGCGACACCAUUAGAAAGUGCCGAAGUUACAUUGGGAUUCCACGGCGAAUUUGAUGACGUAUCCUCCAUACCUGUAGUCAAUCAAGUUACUAAAAUAGUGAAAGCGCUUCAUGGAAAUUUUAAAAGCGAUGGCAUUUCGACUGAAAUUGCACCAGACGCGCUGUAUGUGAGGUUUUCUCUCAUCGGAAACAAUAAAGUAGAUGUCGCCUAUAAAUUGGAACAAAUGGUCAUGCAACAGCGAUUACCGGGGCUGACUGCGGACAUCUCACGAUCCCGGGUGAUACAUAAAUUGUUGCCACAGGCCCCUACACUGGCAGAAAAUCUUCUGGCACUGGAACACAGAGAGAUCGUGUCCCAAGCGCCUGUCUCCGUAGUUGCUCCCUAUCACACAGCACUGAUCGUGAUUGCUGCCUCAUCGGCAUUUGUAAUAUCGGUAUUAACCGUUUUGGUUAUUUUAUAUAGAAGAAAGAUGAAUAAUUUGAAUACUCAAAAGGCGACAGAAGAAAACAAAUUCACGUCAAACAGACCAAUUUAUAUUGAACUGCCGAACGAAAAAAAUUGCACGAACGUCGCGAAACUGGAAAAUGUUUAGUUCGUUUAUUCUGGUGGAACGUGCCUCUACCCAAGAAUUAUGUUUGCGGUGUGAUGACUGCGGAAUACUCUGGACGAUUGACAAUAAUCUUCGGCCUCUAAUAAAUCCGUUAAUGUGAGAGUUAGAAAAAAAUAAGCGAAUUGUUUUGUUUUGGUAUGAUAUAGCUCACUGGGUGCAAUAGUGGCACAUCCACGAAACACUGUGAUUUAAGAAAAUGAAAACUAAAAUAUUGAGAUAACUGAUAUCAACUAUCCUACUUAUUACAAAAUUUAUAUAGUUACAUGUCUUUAUAAUUAUAUUUUUAUUUGUAUUAUUCUCUUUUAAAAAAUAUAUAUCUUGUUUGAGUUCUUUUUUAAAUGUUUUUAAAUUUUUUGCAGUUAUUAAUUUUGUUUUGCACACAUGAAUUUCCCAAUACAAGUGCGACAUUUUGAUAAAAAAAAAUCUGAAUAAAAUAGUAGAUUAAAAUUUCAACAUCAUUUUAUUAUAAAAAUACGUAUAAAGGUAUAAUAAGGGCAGGUUCAUUUGUCAAAGAGGUACACAGUAGCAACUUAAAAAAAAAAUCUAAACUGGAAAUUAAUAAAAACAAAAAAAACAUCGAAAAGCUAUAACUAAAAAACAACCAACCUAUAGUUUUCAAUACAUGUCGAAGCAGGUAUUAUUUCUAAAAUUAAAGAAACAACUAUCAGAUAAGUAGUCUUUUAACACGUAAACAAACAACGGAUCUAUAGUUUUUAGUAGAGAGCUACUGUCCUCAAAAUCAAAAUACUAGUUCCGAGAAAAUCAUUGACUUAGGAAAAUAAAUACUGAAAUAUUGAGAUAACUCAUAUCGACUCUCCUACUUAUUACAAAAUUUAUAGUGAUAUUUCUAUAUAAUUAUAUUUUGAUUUGUAUUAUUCUCUUUUUAAAACAAAAAUUACUUUUUGAGGUUCUCUUUAAAAUGUUUUCCAAAUUUUGUGCCGUUAUUCAUAUUUUUUUUGUGAACACCAAUUUCGCAAAUCAAAUGCGAUAUUUUAAUAAAAAAAUUCUCAAUAAAGCUGUAGAUCAAUAUGUUAACAAAAUUUUAAAAAUUAUAAAAAUACCUAUAAAAAUAUAAUUCAGAAGGUUCAUUUGCGAGAUAGGUACAUAAUACUAACUGAAAAAAAUCCAAGCUGGAAAUUAAUAAAACACUUAAAAAAAUGACUACAAAAAACAUCGAAAGUAAGCAAUAAAAAAACAACGGCAAAACCAAAUGAAAAUAAACAGAAAAUACUAUUUCAAAGAACAUUUCAGCCUAUUAUAAAAGUGACAUUUUUUAAUGCAUUACUUUUUAGCAAAUCCAUUAAAUCAUUAAACUUUUUCUUUGGAAUUGUUAUAACAUCUCAAAAAGCACGGCCUAGAUUGACAUUUCCAAAAGAUGUAAAAGUCGCGACUGCUCUUAUUUUUCUUUGCUUAAUGCUAAUGCUUCCGUGGUCAGUUUUAUUAAAAAAUGUUUUAUAGAAAAAUGUGUCAGAAGCAUCUUUGUCUACUUUGAAAACACACGAGUCAUUUAUUUUGACGAUAUCAUCUGAAUUGUCCCAAUGACAGUUGCGCGAAAGAUCGUUAAAAGACGCGGGAAAUUCAAUAGUGGAACUCUCUCUAGCGGAACUUGUAGUGAGCUAAUUAUGUGCCGAUAUUGUUCGUAGCUAAAAUACAAAUAUGCGAGUUUUAUGAUACAAUUAACUAAAUAUGGAUAUAUUUUGGAAAGUGCCAUUAUUGCACCCAGUGAGCGACAUGUCAGUGGUCUUCAUUAGCAGUGAAUUAUUGCAGCAUUGAUGUUCCACAGAUCGGCGUGAUGUAUUUUAACACAACCGGUGCUAAAGUUUUUGUGAAAGAGUGCAAUCCAGAAUGAACAAUUGAACUUUUAUGAUCAAUGCGACACGGUUAAAAUUUGGAACAGCGCUGUGCCAGUAUUGCACUCACGUUUAUCAGUAUACAUUUCUAGAAUGUUUUAUUAAAAUACGCCAGCUGCAACUUAGCUUUCAGAAACUACAUUGGCGAGCAAAAAAAUUUAUUCGCUCAAGAGAUUACAAAUUUUUCGGGAAAAUAUUAUCGAAUCGUCCAAUCUGGUAGGUGGUAAAUUGAAAUGAAUUUAAGAUUCAAUCGGAAAACCUUACGUCGGUCUUCAUGAUUUUGUCGGAAAACAAAAUGUCUAUUAUAAACAAAACCAAAUUAUUUUUUAUUUGUAACGAGUAACAAUUAACAAUAUUGAGAAAAAAUCAAAAAUACACCAAACAAUCUUAAGUUUUAUGGUGAUAAAUGAACAAUAAACUGCGUUAUUUCAUAAAAAGUCGACUACGCUGAAAAUAACUCACAGAUAACAAAUACCUCCAUUCGCAUUUGUUUUUUUUCCAAAUUAUUUCAAAUUUCUUGAGUAACCUAAAUUUUUUGCUCGCCAGUGCUGAAUAUUUGAUAUAUCUGUUUAUACACAUUAACAACAAUUUUGAAUUGUUAAAUAUAAUUCUCAAUAUUCAUUUCCUGGCUUGCUAUAUUCUUGCAUUGGAGGGUUGUAUGUUAUAACCUAUUAUUUUUAAAUUCAUAUAUGGAUAAAUAAAAGAUCCUUAUAUUUUAUUAUAAUAUUUAUUAACAAUAAAGAAAAUAAAACAAUAUUCAAGACGAAAUACCGAAUUACCAUUCACUAGUUAGUUUUGGUUAGUUAGGAAUGCUGAACGGCAGCAAGAUUGUACCACAGACAUUAUUUAAUUUUUGUUAUCAGAAAUAUUUGAAGAUUCUACAGUUACUACAUCUAUGUUUAUGUAUUUCACCUAUUUGCGUAUACUUUAUAUAAGAACUCAUAUAUCUGCCAUUUGAAUAAAUUAUAAUUGCAGAGUGAAACGUCGAAGACUUAUUGAAUUUCUAAGAUAAAUUAGUUUAGUUUUAUUCAUCCGGCUGAUGUUUAUUUAUUGUUCAUUAAAAUUUGUAAAUACAUUCUGAACGAAGCGAGUAUUAUUGUAUACACUGUUCCCAACAAUAUACCGUCUUUACGACAUAAUCCAGUAUUUAACUUUGGUAAAUUUUUAUGAAGGUCUAACCAUAGGCCUAACUAUCUUAUUAUUAUUUAUAAACCUCAAUAAAUAGAUUCGCAAUUCCACAAUGACGUUCCAGAACCGUACUUCGGUACUUCGUGCAUACAAAUGCUGAAAGUAUACUCCGAUUUUACCAACCCUCACAAAUCGACCAACAGCAGACUGGGAAAACAUCCAUUGUAAAUCAAUUAUCUACAUAAGAUAUUGGCAAUCAGUUUUAGCUUUCUAAUGUGUUUUCAAUAUAGGAGAUCAACCUAUCUAAUGGGCAAAUUCCACUUGAAAUCGAGCAACCUCAAGUAGGGACUGUUUUAGAAUAUUUAUUAAAAGCACACUAAUAUGAAUCAAUAUAAGAGUUUAAUCAAAGAAAAAAUUAUUAAUUAUUAAAAUGCACAGUUCUUGUCGGCUCACAUAAUAAAUACGGCUAUUGCUCAUGGUAAACGUGCUGAAAAGAAUGGUCCCUUCCGCUUUACAACAGGUGGGUCUUAAACUCAUCCCGAAGUCAAAACCGUAAAAGGUCGUAAAAACGGUAUAUCGUUGGGCGAACUCUGCCUACCCCUCCAUGUGCGGCUAUUUCGUUUUUGCUUUGUGUUCCGAUUUCUCUUCAGUUGGUGAGAAUAUACCUACUAAUAAUUAAUAUGUAGGUAUAAAUGAAAAAGAAAAACAGAUUUGUCAUAUAGUAUAUGCUAUUUUGAAUAAUUUGAACAAUUUUCACGAAUUUAAAAUAUUUGAUACUAAUA